CCCUCAGAACAGAGCUUUGGGUCAUAAAUAUAAUUCAAGUCGGUGAAGGUGUCUGACAACAGCAAAGUUGUAGCCAGAAAUAUUUUAGUUCUUCAUUGGGGCUCAGUGGGCUUUUAAAUGUCUUGGGUUUGGACUGAUGUCUUCUCUCACCCGUUAUGGGCAGUAUCGACUGUGAUUUUGGGACUCCUCUUGCGGUCACAGCAGAGAGGGUCCUGGGACACCCGAGCCUGUCUUGUGCAACUGAAGGGCAAGACCGCCAUAGUUACUGGAGCUAACACAGGCAUAGGGAAGUUCAUUGCCCUAGACUUUGCCCGGCGUGGGGCUCGUGUUAUCAUGGCGUGCCGGAGCGAGGCGCGCGGUAGUGCUGCCCUGCAGGAAAUCCGGAAGAGGAGCGGGAACACCAACGUGCACCUGCGCCUGGUGGACACCUCGUCCCUGGCGUCUGUGAGGGCGUUUGUAGAGGGCGUCCUGCGAGAGGAGAAGGAGCUCCACAUCCUGGUCAACAACGCUGGGGCUUCAGGUCUGCCUGGAGAUAUCACCUCCGAUGGUCUAGAGGUGUCCUUCGCUACCAAUCAUGUGGGUCCUUUCCUCCUCACCAGCCUGCUUUUGGACCUGCUAAAGCGAUCGGCGCCGGCGCGCAUCGUCAACGUGUCAUCUAUGAACCACUGGAGGGGCGUGGUCGACUUUUCACACUUCAAGGGCGAGAACCUGGCCUACACCAUGGACAGCGUGUACAACCACACCAAGCUGCACAACAUCAUCUGCACUAACGAGCUGGCACGAAGGCUACAAGGCACAGGGGUGACAGCUAACUCCCUCCACCCUGGGGUGGUGAUGACAGAAGUGAUGAGACACUAUAACUUCCUGGUUCGGUUCCUAUUCAACCUGAUUGGAAUCUUUUUCUUCAAGUCUUCUGAAGAAGGGGCAGUGAGCACCAUCUACUGUGCUGUCGCCGAGGAGAUGGAGGGAAUAACAGGAAAGUACAUUGACAGCGACUGUUCCCUGGUUCUCCCCGCCCAUCUGGCCAGAGACCCUGCCCUCGCAGUCAAGGACUUUGAGUUCUGCGAGAGAUUGAUAUCCAAGCUCUGAAUAAUUACCAGAGGGCGAGAGAGAAAGAUACGGAGAGAGAGAGAGAAAGAGAGAGGCUAGUUUGCAGUGGGGUCAAAUUCCUUUUGAACUCCAUUUACCCUUGUUAUUAUGAAGGAUUAAUAAAAAAUCCAGGGUCAAAUAUGUCUAUAAAUUCUGUUUCUAUCUUAAGUGUAUUAUUCAAUAACAGACUUUAUAAAAACACAGUUGAAGUCGGAAGUUUACAUACACUUAGGUUGGAGUCAUUAAAACUCAUUUUUCAACCACUCCACAAAUGUCUUGUUAACAAACUAUAGAUUUGGCAAGUCGGUUAGGACAUCUACUUUGUGCCUGACACAAGUCAUUUUUCCAACAAUUGUUUAGAGACACGUUUUUUCACUUAUAAUUCACUGUAUCACAAUUCCAGUGGGUCAGAAGUUCACAUACACUAAGUUGACUGUGCCUUUAAACAGCUUGGAAAAUUCUAGAAAAUUAUGUAAAGGCUUUAGAAGCUUCUGAUAGGCUAAUUGACAUCAUUUGAGUCAAUUGGAGGUGUCCCUGUGGAUGUAUUUCAAGCCUAUCUUCAAACUCAGUGCAUCUUUGCUUGACGUCAUGGAAAAAUCUAAAGAAAUCAGCCAAAACCUCAGAAAAAUAUUGUAGACCUCCACAAGUCUGGUUCAUCCUUGGGAGCAAUUUCCAAACGCCUGAAGGUACCACGUUCAUCUGUACAAACAAUAGUACGCAGCUGUCAUACCGCUCAGGAAGGAGACGCGUUCUGUCUCCUAGAGAUGAACGUACUUUGGUGUGAAAAGUGCAAAUCAAUCCCAGAACAACAGCAAAGACCAGCAAGACCUUGUGUAGAACAGCAAGACCUUGUGUAGAUGCAGGAGGAAAUGGGUACAAAAGUAUCUAUAUCCACAGUAAAACGAGUCCUAUAUCAACAUAACCUGAAAGGCCGCUCAGCAAGGAAGAAACCACUGCUCCAAAACCGCCAUAAAAAAUCCAGACUACGGUUUGCAACUGCACAUGGGGACAAAGAUCGUACCUUUUGGAGAAAUGUCCUCUGGUCUGAUGAAACAAAAAUAGAUCUGUUUGGCCAUAAUGACCAUUGUUAUGUUUGGAGGAAAAAGGGGAAUGCUUGCAAGCCGAAGAACACCAUCCCAACCAUGAAGCACGGGGGUGGCAGCAUCAGGUUGUGGGGGUGCUUUGCUGCAGGAGGGAAUGGGGCACUUCACAAAAUAGAUGGCAUCAUGAGGAUGGGAAAUUAUGUAGAUAUAUUGAAGCAACAUCAAGACAUCAGUCAGGAAGUUAAAGCUUGGUCGCAAAUGGGUCUUCCAAAUGGACAAGCAUACUUCCAAAGUUGUGGCAAAAUGGCUAAGGACAACAAAGUCAAGGUAUUGAAGUGGCCAUCACAAAGCCCUGACCUCAAUCUCAUAGAAAAUGUGUGGGCAGAACUGAAAAAGCGUGUGCGAGCAAGGAGGCCUACAAACUUGACUCAGUUACACCAGUUCUGUCAAGAGGAAUGGGCCAAAAUUCAACUUAUUGUGGGAAGCUUGUGGAAGGCUACCCGAAACGUUUGACCCAUGUUAAACAAUGGAAAGACAAUGCUACUGUUGUGAUUUUUAUGAAUAAUGACUAAAUGAUGUAUACAUUUAACAUAAGAAAGGAAUGUAUGUGUGUGUCGAAAGAGAACAAAGAGGGGCAUUAACCUAUGUUUGAACCGACCCGGCUGUAACUCUGGGGAGAUAAGAUAGGACAGGGAGAGCCCCUCCAGAGCUCUCGUAUCUGGGGGAGACAGGAACUGUCAGCUGAGUGGUAAUAAACUGUGGUGAGACUCAUGAGAAAAUCCCUAUGUUGGUGUGUAUGUAUGUGUGUAGGGUAAGAGAAAGUUAUAAAAGGAAUGUCUUUGUAUAUGUACAGCAGCGCUCUCGUAAAUAAACCUUGCUGACUAUGGUAGACUGGCCUCUGACUGUUUCAUUUUAAUAAGAACCUUACAAAUUCUUAGUAACAGACAGAGUAUUUUAAUUGAAGUUCAGUUUAUGAACAUUGAGAACAAAAUUCUCAUAACAGCUACCAAAUACUAACCGAGUGUAUGUAAACUUCUGACCCACUGGGAAUGUGAUGAAAGAAAUAAAAGCUGAAAUAAAUCAUUCUCUCUAUUAUUCUUCUGAUAUUUCACAUUCUUAAAAUAAAAUGGUGAUCUUAACUGACCUAAGACAGGGAAUUAAUACUCGGAUUAAAUGUCAGGAAUUGUGAAAAACUGAGUUUAAAUGUAUUUGGCUAAGGUGUAUGUAAACUUCUGACUUCAACUGUAUCUUAAAAUAGAUGUAGAUUUAGCCUGUUCUGGAUUAAACAAAGCCGAUUGCACGAGGGAGGAUUAGAGCUACUCUAGGACUAAAUUGAAGCUUAAAUUAAAACUUCAGAAGCAGGUUUAACUUCUGCACAGGUUGGAAGAGCUAGUGAACAGUGAGUGUGUACCCUCCACAUCUGCUGUAGCAUCCCUGAGAUAAGAUGCUGCCACCAUCUUUCAGCAGAGAACAAAAAAGAUGACCAUGCAUGAAAAGUUAGCCAGAGAACUUCAUGAGCAUAAAAUGAAAUAUAUGAUGGAAGAACAUGAAAAGAAAAUGAGAAUUCUACAGGUUGAAUUGGAUAGUAAGUUGGAAGAGAGAGGUAUGAUCCAAAAAAGAUACAGUAAUGAGACAAUUGAUUACCAGCUAUGGUGAACAAUAUGAUAUGUAAAAAAUACAUGUUUUGUCAUUUGGAUAUUCAUGAGUGAGAGUAUUUUAAUCACCACAAACUACAUUUUAAACCAGCCUUGGUUUAGUCACUCGUUUAAUUUUGCUGAAAACUAUUUGAAAUUUGUACAGAACAAACAUUAUCAAAGCAAAAAUAAGCCAUAAUGAAUACAUUCCAUAUUUAAAUUCAUCUCAUCUAAUUGAAGUGCUGUAAUGUGAAAGCAACCCUGUGUUUAUGUCUUCAUUGGUCAUUGCCUGCUCCUUCAGGUAGGUGUGCAGCACUGCUGUAGCAAUGAUCACCUUGCAGCAUCUUCUUGACUUGAAACUAAAUGUAUUGCAUAAACACUGGAAAUAAUUUUUCCAUACUCCAAACAUACGCUUGACCAUCCCUCUCGUGCGGAUAUGAGCUCUCUGUUGUAUCGUUGCUGCUCAGCUGUUGUUGGAUUUAUGUAUGGAGUGAAUAAAAAGUUACUCUGACCAUAUCCACUGUCA